AUGUCAGUUCCUAAUUUACCACCUCAAAUUACGACUGAUCAUCAACACGUCUUUAAAAGUUGUAUUCGGGGGGAUGCCACCAAAGAUCAGGAAAAACAAGUACUCCAGACCGUCGAUGAACAAGAUUUAGAAACGAUGCCGUUGGAUGAUAUCACCACUUUGUCUCUAUACAUUUGUCAGUCGUGUUAUGCUUGGCUUUAUGCCAGCCAUAGUUUAACCGAAGCGUCCUUCUGUACUGGAACGGAUUACGUUUGUCAUCACUAUCAUGUGCAAGGAUUGGAUACUUACGGUUGCUGUGGAUGUGCGUAUACGUUGGCAACCGAGAUACGUGAUCCGGUUUUGCCUAUUACGAUAUUGAACCGACUCAGCGCAACGCGAGCCCAAGCGAGGACGUUUGCCGAUCAAAUGCAAGACAAGGAACAUACACCCACCAUGGCGAGUACAUUGACAACCGUGCUUGUGUACAUUGAGGAUUUAUUAAGUGGAGCUUCAAGAAAUAGCAAUACGCAUAAUCCUCAUUUUUUGGCCCGAAUUGGAUUAAUCAAGCGUUAUUGGAAACGAUUGGAUUUAGAAGAGGAACGUUUAAAACAGAUUCAACAAGAGAUUUUGCUCGUCAUGGAUGCGUUUCGAUCCGAAUUGGGAGCCACUUCGAUUCCAGUGAAUAAAGCAGACACAGAGAUUAAAUUAGAGACGGCGGAUAUGGCCACGUUAUUAGGGAUCAUAUCUACCUUGGAAAACCGAUACAAGAGUAGCGACGGGUAUCUUGUCGGAGCCUAUGAGAAAUUAGGUUUGACAUCAGGCGCUUCGGAUACGCUUGUGAAAUGGACUUAUCACAAGAUGAUGGAGGAGUACGCAGUAGACCCCUAUGAUACCUUAGAUGCCUUAAUGGUCAUAGCACAAGCGACCAAAUCAGACCUCUUACAGACAUUGAUUGCUUGUGAACGUAGCCAAGGAAAGAUUGCUAGAUCGGAUAUUGGGGAUGCUUAUGCCUACUUUGGUUUAACCGAUGAUGUCGCCGAUGACAGAUUAUUGAUUGGAUUAUAUCAAUUUAAAUUAUCGGAUGAACCUUUAGAGAAGAAUCUACAUCAGGAUAAUCUUUCCAUGAUUACGAUCUCCAGUCUUUCUACUGAGAUCUAACAUUGGAUUUUUUUUGUUUCUAUGAUUUAAUACAUCUGCGAUACAACAAGGAUAAUCCAUUUGAUUGACUACAGAAACAAUAGCUAGUAUUC